ACUUGUCCAUACAGUGGUUGGAUGUGAAGCGACCCAAAGACGCCUCCGCUUUAGUCUAUUUUCAGGACAAAAGAACCAAUCAAGAUUUAGUGGAUGUGCAUAUUUAUUUCCGUUUCCCCGUAAUUAAACAAUUAAACAGGCGUCGGGUCCCAUGGUCCAUAUUUAGUUUAUUCACACGACGCCUUUUAUGUGGCAGGCUCUAGGACCUUGUGGACGAAUCUGGUUUUAUGAUGAUAGGCUGACAAAUAUUAUGGUCGUUUUACCUAAGGUUCACAGAAGAAUAAUAAUGAUGCAAAACUCUCGGGCCGAUAUGCGAAGUGUAGCAUUAUAAUUAUCCUUAACUAUUUUGUCACCGGAAAUAGAACAGCUGUGAGACAGCUGUUUUUGGCAAUGGAGCAUAUCCGACUACCAAAGGCGGAGAACGUGAGACUUUUGAACAGGUUGAGUCCCAGAAGGUCCUGUGUUGGCACGCUCUACCUGACCGCCACACAUUCUAUAUAUGUGGAGAGCGAGACUCAAGUGCGCUCUGAAACAUGGGUGCUUCACAGUUUAAUCUGCCGGCUGGAAAAACAAGUCAACACAUCCACCGGGUCCCCACUACUCAUUCACUGCAAGAACUUCCAGGUUCUUCAUUUUGUCUUCCCUCAAGAGCAGGACUGUGUUCAUAUCCAAGCAUCUUUACAGCGCCUGUCCCAGCCAGAACAAUAUGAGGAACUGUACUGCUUCUCCUACAAGCCCAACGUGGAUGAGGCGGAAAGGAAGGAAGAGUGGAGCUUUCUGAACCUCAAGGCUGAGUACCGAAGACUGGGAAUACCCAACUCUCUCUGGAAAUCCUCCCCUGUCAACCAGAGCUACAAGGUGAGUGACACGUACCCGGCGGAGCUCUACGUACCUGAGUCAGCAACGCAGCAAGUCAUCGUGGGCAGCUCCAAAUUCAGGAGCAGGGGGAGGUUCCCCACGCUGUCCUACUACUGCAAAGACAACCAGGCGGCCAUCUGCAGAAGCAGCCAGCCGCUGUCGGGCUUCAGCGCACGCUGCCUGGAGGAUGAGCAGCUGCUGGAGGCCAUCCGGAGGUCGAACCCCCGCAGUGACUUCAUGUAUGUGGUGGACACCCGGCCCAAGUUAAAUGCGAUUGCAAAUCGCGCAGCGGGAAAAGGCUAUGAAAAUGAAGACCACUACUCCAACAUAAAGUUCCAGUUCAUCAGCAUUGAGAACAUCCACGUCAUGAGAAGCAGUCAACAGAAGAUGCUGGACGUGUGUGAGCUGCGGACCCCCUCCAUGGCAAACUUUCUGGAGGGACUGGAGGGCUCAGGCUGGCUGAAGCACAUCAAAGCCGUACUGGAUGCCGGUGUCUUUGUUGCAAAGGCUAUCUCUGAGGAGGGCGCCAGUGUGCUGGUCCACUGCUCGGACGGCUGGGACCGCACAGCCCAGGUGUGCUCGGUGGCCUGCGUCCUGCUGGAGCCCUACUACCGCAGCCUCAAGGGCCUCAUGGUUCUCAUCGAGAGGGAAUGGGUCUCAUUCGGACACAAGUUCUCACACAGGUGUAACCACCUGGACGGGGACUCCAAGGAGGUGUCCCCGGUCAUGGACCAGUUCCUGGAGUGUGUGUGGCAGCUGACAGAGCAGUUCCCCUGCGCCUUCGAGUUCAACGAGAGGUUCCUCAUCGCCGUCCACCACCACAUGUACGCCUGCCAGUAUGGCAACUUCGUCGGGAACAACCAGCGAGAGAGGCAACAGCUGGGACUACGAGAUAAAACCCACUCCCUCUGGAAGCACCUGUGGGACACUAGGGGUGACUACAUCAACCCGCUGUACAGAACCGACAACUGCCAGAGCCAAGGAGUUCUCCGUCCCUCUACCGCCCCCUACUGUUUCAAGUUCUGGAGCGGUUUGUAUAACCGCUUCGACCGAGGGAUGCACCCACGCCAGUCGGUGGAGGACUACCUGAUGGCUGUCCGAGAGGAGACCGUGCAGCUGGAGGAACAGCUGGCAUCACACAAAGAGCAAAUUGAAAAGCUGGAAAACAAACCGGAAUGGACCGGUGAGGCAGAGGAGGGGCCCCCCUUGUCGUGGGGCCUGGCCCCCGGGGGCUUCGUGCCCCAGGCCGGCACGCCUCAGGACUACAGCGGGGGCUUCAUCGCCAGCAGCCCCUGUCAGCAGAGGUCCCCGGUGGACGGCCUGGCCUUCACGCCACCCCAGAACCAGACCUCUGAGGCGGACCUCUCCGUCGGCAGUGAGCAGGAGUCUGGCAUCGCCGACGUAAGCUUUAACUCUCAGCUCAGCGAGGAAGGCCCCGGAGAGCCCGACCCGGACGAUGCUGCCUACUCUGCUGCCUGAAGAAAAUGUUGUUUUAAAGAGUAGUGGGGCGAGAGUGGUUGAAUGGGUGUGCAAGCUAGCAGCUGCCUAGGGGCCCCUCGAACAAAGUAUAGUGAGGAUUGUUGAUGCUUAAGGUUUAUUUUGUUAUUGAUUAGCCUAUAUUGGCAUUUAAAUGUGUGUUCUGUGUUGAACGGCCCCGUGCAGGGUUGCUUUUGGUGUCCAAUGUUGGUUUAUACCAUUUACCGAUGUUAAAAUUGCAUUUAUUUAAUCAGGGCUUGAUCAAAGUACCAUAAUUGUUCUUUGUUAUGACCUAAUAAUAAAAGGGAGAACUUAAUGCAAUUGGGAGCAAUGAUCAAAGGUUUGGGGCAGAUAUUUCAAGCUCAGCACUUUACCUUAGGUACGCUCAAUGGCAAUUAAUAGGUCCUACCUGCUGAACAAAUAUUUCUGAAGAGUAUGUAUUAACUGAAGCUAUAUGUUGUACAGUAACAUAAAAAGGGAAAUCAACCUACCUGAAUACUUACUGAACCUAGCUAUUUGAAUGUUAAAUGCACUGUAUAAAUCAGUUCACCACGGUAAUCAAUAUUGUAUAAUGUAAUUAUAUAAUCUGGUAUCUGUAUUACUACAAGUGCGGUCACAUUUCUAAAUUCACAAAAGGGUUUUGGUCCAAUUUACUCAAGAUUAUUUAAAUCCCCUGACAUUUCAUCAUCAGAGCUCUGAAUAUUUAACAUUCAUCCAAAUGGGUUUGAGUGUGUGGGUCUUGUGUUGGAAUGUGUGCUCAUGUUAAUAACUAGGGCUUCUUAAAGCUGGAUGACGAGGCAAAGUAGUCCUACAAAUAGAUCACAGGUGAUCACACUUAUUGACCUGCCACUGAACAACCAAAGGAAGGUUGGAGGAAGAAAGAGGUCCAUGUGGUCACUAAACUGCUGAUGACCACUUAUCAUGUGUUUAUAUGUUUCGAUUCUUUUUAUUUACAUUGUUAUUGUCAUCUUAGAAUCCUCGUCGUCGCUUCUGGCAAAACCAAAGGUUUGUCUAAAUGUUUUGGAAGUUUUAAAAAUUAUAUUAAAGCGCUCCCAUGUCUGUAA